UACCCAACCAUGGCGGCAGUAUCUCUUCCCAACACAUCACUCUCCGCAAAUGAUACAAGAAUCCUAAACGCGCUCUUCGACCCAGAAACUCUCCCAUCAUCCAUCUCCCGCUCAAGAGACCUCUCAAUCAUCGACACCUCUCUCCCUCCGCACCCCACAAUCCCAUCUUCGCAGAUCUCCACGUUGGAAACCGAGCAAAACGAGCUCGUUCGAAGUAUCACUUCCGAAUCAACACCUGCAGCGAUACAAAAUGCGAUAACCCAAGAAGAUGAGGUGAUUCAAGAACAUCCAACAUACGCAAGCGCGUUCUUGAAUCGCGCUAUGCUUCGUCGCAUGGGGAUGGAAGCCGCGCUGCCAGAAGGGAUGUCUAUUUUCGAGCAACCGGAGUCUGAUCUCGAUCUACUGUUUGCGGAUCUAUCGCGCGCUAUCGCGUUGUGCGUUCCUUCUGUGUCUUCAACAACUGCUGUAUCGGCUUACCAAGCGCGUAUUCUGCGGACGGCAUUCUCGCACCGGGCGUAUUUGUACCUGAAGGCUGCGGAGAUAGAGGUCGAGGUGAAAGGCAAAGGGAAGGGCGAUUUGGAAGAGUUGGCGAGUGGUGAUUUUGCUGCUGCUGCGCGGUAUGGUGAUGAGGUGGCGAGAGAGAUGAGUGUGAGGACGAAUCCGUACGCAAAGAUGUGUGGGGCUAUUGUGCGCAAUGCGUUGGCGGAAGAAAGGAAGGAAGCCAUGUCACAAUAA